GUAAGUCAUAGGUUAUUGACUACUAGAGGGAGUGAGUAACAUAAACGAUGUCGCCAGGAGUCGUCUUCUUCUGCUCGCUCGUCAUGGCACACGUGUUCCCUCUGCCUGUGACGGGAAAACAAGUGAGGGUGGUGAGGUUUCAGCGAAUGGAGAUGGCGUCUAAUGACAGCUUCCUUGACAGCGGGGAGAACGCCUUCCCAGAGCUCUCUCAGUGGACUCUGUGUGUGCGGGUGCGACUGUUCCAUUUAACUCGCCUCAACACAAUCCUCAGCUACACCACCGGCGAGCACUACCAGGAGAUUAUGCUGGGAUUUGAUUGGCCUCAGUCAAACCUGCGCCUGGAGUGUUGCAAGUACGAAGGGUUUAUGGAGAUGGCGGUGCCUCUCCGCCUGUACACUUGGCACCAAUUAUGUCUGUCUGCGGAUAUGGCCAAGGACGUCCAGUACAUGAUCUUUGACGGCCAGGUGCAUCAGCAGUUGAUUCGUCGUCCCGGGGUUACACGUGAAAAACUUUACAGAGUUCGAGGCGGUGGUCGCUUUUAUCUGGGAAACAACUACAACCCGGCAUCUGAACUUAUGGUCAUCGAGACCUUCCAUGGUGACCUGGCAGACUUCAAGUUUUACGAUGUUGCUUUGUCCGUCGAAAACCUUAAGGCUUUUGCUGCUUGCCAACCAAUGAAUGAUUUACCAACUCCUCUUUAUGAAUUUGAUGUAAAUAUGACAAAUUUAAUGCCAAAUGGUGACAUCAACAUAUAUCAGAUGGAUCUUGGGGACAUAUGCACAAAAACACCUGAUCUAAAUAUGAUCAUACCCGAAAAAAUUAAUUUUGACACAUCAUUAACUAUGUGUGGCUUCUUCACUGGGGGCAUCAUAGUACCCAAUAAUGAUGAGGAAAGUGUAGCUAUAUAUGACAAGUACGAUGAUUUCAACAACUAUUGUGCAGAUAGCUGGGGAACCUCGUUUUGGUUAGGCCUGAGGGCAAACCUAACAAGCAGAUGGUGGACAAAAGUGUCAAACGGGAAACCUCUAACAUGGGCCGAUUUCGCCACAGGUUGGAAAUACCCCACCGAGGAAUACAGGUGCAUGGCCUUUGGUUCCAUUAACUUCAAGUAUAAGUGGUGCGCAUCACCCUGUGACAUCCUCCAGUGCCCCAUAUGUAAUUUCACAUCAAUCCCUCAGCUACACUUACGUGGACUUUGCGAGCUCUCGCAAUUUGAUCGCUACUACUAUCCGUAUGAUUACUAUAACAAAAAGCCAGUAUUGGAAGGCCUUUUCUUGAGCAGAAUGACUUGGAUUAACGAUACUUGGGUGAUCAAGAGCCGCCUGGAAAAUGAAGUGGAGGCCCGGAUGAGCUCGAGGAACGCCGACGAUUAUCCCUUCGGUCUACAUACUUGGAAUGUGCAAGGCGACACCUGUACUCAGGAGCAGGUACAGUUGUUGCUGACUUCGUGUGAACCGUCUGACUUCACAUGCAGUGACGGGUCAUGCAUCAAGAAGAUCAAACGCUGUGACCAAGAGGUUGACUGUCCAGAUAACACGGACGAACUUAACUGUGAUGUUAUCAAAAUACCUGAGGGAUAUUCAGCACAACUUGCCCCACCGGCAGUAGAUUCCCCACAGUUAUCUCUACACAUCUCGCUCGACAUCACCUCAAUCAGGGAUUUUAACAUCCUGGGAUUCAUGGUGGCAGUUGACAUCAUUCAAAGUAUCAAAUGGAAAGACGCGAGGCUCAUCCUGAGGAACCUCCGCCAAGGAGAUUUUCCCAACGAAGCAAAGAGCUUUGAUAAACUGUGGCUGCCGGACAUCCUGGUGAAGGAUGGGACCUACAGCCCUACCGAUCUGCAGAUCAGACGAGUGAGGAUGUUGGUGCGCCGAGACGCGAAUUCUCUGCCUGAUGAUGAUUCCAACUAUUCAGAAGAUGAACUGUACCGCGGGAUGAACAAUACUGUGAAGCUGGAGCAGCAAUACACAGUAUCAGCUAUGUGUCAGUUCCUUCUUCAUGCCUACCCGUUUGAUUCCCAGAAGUGUUCUAUAGUCUACUCCAUCCCAGACCAGUCGGUGGGAAAAAUUUUACUGCUUCAGGAGGAGGUGAAGUUCACAGGGGAGCGGCGGCUGCUGGAGUACGAGCUGGUCAACGAGACGCUCACCGCCCAUGGUAACAUGUCUGCCGCCGUCCAGCUGCGGUUGGUGUUCCAGAACCAAUAUGGUUAUUACAUCGGCAACGCUGUGGUGCCCAGCUUGCUCAUGGCCACCAUCUGUUACCUCACCUUCUUCUUCGACCUCGACGACUUUACGGAUCGCAUAAUGGUCUCACUGACGUCCCUGCUGGUGCUGGCGGCGCUCUUCACACAGACCAGUCAGUCCAUCCCUAAGACCGCCUACCUCAAGCUUAUCGACAUUUGGUACGUCACCCUCAUUAUCGCUGACUUCCUCAUCAUCGUAAUGCUUGUGGUCAUCGAGAACCACAGGCUGCAUGAGUCAAUCACAGGUGACUCGUCAAGCCGUGUCUUUCAUAAUACACAUAAGAUCACUCCUGUAGAGUCUGCUGGACAUCUCACACCCGCUAAGGACUUCGAUGACAAAAAGAAUGGAUCAAGUACAGCCAGGAAGAUGAACACAAUAUCUAAGUGGUCAUUCCCAGUGUUGGCAACAAUAGGAUGUUUCUGCUGGAUACUGCUACACCUCCAGGCGGCCCCGACCUCUCAUGAAACAUGAAGCAACGAAGGUUAUUCAGUCAAACUUCAUAUGCCGAGCGCACCGGAAUUGUGUGGAUGUGGGUAAAUGGCCUGUCUGCUCGUGCCAUUGCUCAAAAGACUGGCACCAGUGUGACCACUGUAUGCAGGUGGACUAAACGUUGGAAAACUGAAGGAAAUGUCAACACGAAACAUCACACAAGAGCGACGCAGAAGAAAAACAACCUACCAAAGUCCAAGAAUACUGUAGGUUAUCAGACACCAAGAAUCUCGUUGGAUACUCCUCGUCGUCUUCAGUUUUACUCCGCAAGUGCGGUAGCUUCCUUCCCUUUGAUGGAGCGAGAAACUUACUACUUCCCUACUUCUUACAGUGAUCGUUGUAGGCUUUGUAAAAUGUACCAGUAUAUUCCUCCUAAAUUGUUACACUUAGACUUCAGAACAGACUUUAAGAAUUAUGCAGACUUACAGUACAAAAACAACGCAUGUUACAUUAGAACUGAAUUUGUAAAUAAUCCAUGAAGAGUGUAUCUGUCAUCCAUGAAGCAGAGAAAUAACUAUGAAUAGGAAAUAAUAUAUAUCUCACGUUUACGUAUGUUUAAAAUUAGUGGACAACGGUUAACAAUAGAUCUGCUCAGUAAGUUAUAUUACAAGGAAUCAUUUUUAUGAGAACGAGAAGUUUUCAGAUAUUUGCUGGUAUGACUUGACAAAAAUCUCUGGGGUGUUGGUUAUGAUCGUACUACUCUUGUACUAUGUAGUGCAGACUAAACUUACUCAUUUUUUUGAUUAAUAUAUGUCUAUCAUUUAAUUUUGUUAACUUAAGAUUCAUUGGCUAUGUACAGAUACUGUACUUCAUUUAUAAAUACAUUAGUUACACUGUUUGCACUAUAGCCUGAAUUUCCGAAAAAGGAAAACAUAAUGAAACGGGUUGAAUUUAUCCUCCUUUUGUUCAUUCAAUAGUAAUAAGCAUACACAUAGGUAUAUACAACUGAUGAAACUGACUCUCCUCGGAGAAGCAUACUAUAUUAUGCUAAAUGAACAGCAGCACUAACGUAUGGAUAAAUAACACACAUCUUCAUAUUCAAACCUUAGACACAUGAAAUAUAAUAAUAUAGUAAAUAUACUGUAUUAUAACCUGUAAAUGACACAUCAAAUCAAUUAAAAUGUUGGAUACAUUAAUCAUAAGCAAGUUGAAAAAGAAUGUUAGUCAAUUAGUGGGAAAACUAACUCGUACCAACCCAAAAUCGUACCAAACCCUUAACAACUUGUUAAAAAAUCGAACUUAACAGACCAUAAACGCCCGA